AUGGCUUUCCUAUGUCCAGUGAGAAUACGCCGCGGCAAGAAGAAAAAACCAACUUCAGAGGAUAUUGACAAGGAAAUACUCAAAAAUGGUCCCGGAUUAGCGCCUGGCAUGGGGCGCAUAACCGGCUCAGCGAGUAUAGAAACCCUGGUCCGCGUUGGCAGAAAAGAGCAUGGAUUAUCACCAGAUAGCAAAAUGGUAGUAUUGCAUGACUUCACCCCAUGUGUGGAUGAUGAACUGGAGGUAAAACGCGGCCAAAUCGUUAAUAUUUUAUACCGGGAAAACGAUUGGGUCUAUGUGAUUGGCCUGGAUACAAGGCAGGAAGGUUUCAUCCCACAUUCAUACUGCACACCAUACAACAGUCAUCUUGCUCAACUUGCCAUCAAAAAGAAACUGCCAAGAGAGUCUCAAAUCAGUGUUGCCGAACACACUGACCAAGAAUGUGAUCUAACAGUGCCUGAUAUAAGCAGUGACUGUGAUUCCCUGGGUAAGAAACAAGGCGCCGCAGGUAAUUCCCCGAUCAGUUUACGUUCCACAAUGGACAUAUCCAUGUCCCCCUUUGCAAAAGACCCCUCAGGACGCUACAUUGUCCUUUACACAUUCAUCGCGCGCGAUGAGAACGACGUAUCUGUCGAACGCGGUGAAUUUGUCACCGUAUUAAACCGGGAAGAUCCAGAUUGGUUCUGGAUUGUCCGGAGCGACGGUCAGGAGGGUUUCAUUCCGUCCGGAUUUGUCUACCCUGCUGAUAAUGUCAUCCAGGGUAAUCUCAACAAUGACAAUACAAACACCAGCGGGAAUUUCGUCGCGAAUGGUGGCCAGUGUCAAAGCGCCGAUGAUUUACGCUAUCAUGGCACUGAACUCGUCAUGCUUUAUGAUUACAAAGCGCAAGCGCCUGAUGAUCUGUCAGUGCGUCGUGGUGAUUGGAUCUAUGCAGAUCUAAGCAAUCAGACUGUCGAUGGGUGGUUGUGGGCGUAUGCACCCAAGACUCGUAAGUAUGGUUUCAUUCCCAAGGCAUACGCAAGACCACCGGCCAUGACUAGCCUAUAGUAUUUUGAUGCAUAUUUAUAUAUUUGUUUUUUUAUACUCUUCUGUCUCCUCGAGGACAUAAAAUCUCAUUAAUUAAUUACAUUAAUAACAACGUAAAAUAAGUAAAGUAAGUACAUAGUUAAAAUAUAUUUUGACAUGAUGAUGAUGACUAGAAAAAUAUAUUAAUAUUCACCUA